CAAGAAAUUGCCCAGGAAAAACCCAAGAAAGACGAACAGGUCCGACCGAAGCCUCCAUUGCCUAAAAUUCAACCUCCAUUUCCCGAAUGAUUCAACCAGUGUCGAAGAGGUAAAGAGGACAAGGAAAUCCUUGAAACAUUUAGGAAUGUCGAGAUCAAUAUUCCGCUGUUGGACGCCAUCAAGCAAAUACCACGGUAUGCUAAAUUUUUUAAAGAGCUUUGCACCAACAAGCGAAAAUUAACAGGUAAUGAAAGGGUGAAUGUUGGUGAGAAUGUAUCCGCAGUGUUACAACGAAAAAUGCCGGCAAAAUGCAAGGAUAGGGGCAUGUUUGCAAUACCAUGCAAAAUAGGCCAUCUAGGAAUUAAGAAGGCUAUGUGUGAUCUAGGGGCUUCUAUAAAUGUAAUGCCAUAUUCUAUUUAUGAAUCACUUAACGCGGGUUUUUUGACAAAAACAGGUGUUAUCAUUCAAUUGGCGGACAGGUCUGUUGUGCAUCCAGAAGGAGUCCUUGAGGAUGUUCUGGUAAAAGUUAACGAGCUUAUUUUCCCUGCAGAUUUUUAUGUGAUCAAAAUGGAGGAGGAUAGCACUCCUGGAUCUUCAGAUCUCCUGCUGGGUCGACCGUUCCUUAGUACAGCUAGUACUAAAAUUGAUGUUCGAAGUGGAACUCUCACGAUGGAGUUUGAUGGGGAAAUCGUAAAGUUUAAUGUCUACGACGCCAUUAGCCAUCCAAGCGAAAUCUUGAGCGUAAAUCGUAUCGAUAUAAUUGACUCUUUGGUGGAAGAAAAUUUUCAGUCAAUUUAUGGAGAUAAUUCUGAACUUGAUGAAAUUGAAUUUGUUAAUGAGUUAUUAUCUCCAAAUACUAAACUGUUACCUUCUGUUAUACAGGAACCAGAGUUGGAGUUAGAACCCACAGGAAAGGCAAGGAAAUUAAAAAUUCAAGAGUUAAAAGAAAUUCGCAAUGAUGCCUACGAGAAUGCUCGCAUUUAUAAAGACAAGACAAAGUUGUUUCACGAUAAGAGAAUAGCUCAGAAGCAUUUUUCGUGUUCACACAUGGAGCGAUUGAAAUAGAGAGUGAAGAAUCUGGAAAGCGGUUCGUAGUCAAUGGCCAGCGGUUGAAGCCAUUUUAUGAGAAUUUUCAAGCCCACACGGUUAAGAAAAUCUAUUUGGAACCACCAUAGAACCAAUAACGGCGUCGAGCUAACGACGUUAAACAAGCGCUUGUUGGGAGGUAACCCAAUUAUUAUUAUUAUUAUUAUUAUUUUUCUUUACUUUAUUUAUUACUUUAUUUUAUUAUUUAUUACCUAUUUGGAUAUUAAUCAAUUUUUCUUCUUUUGCUUAGAAAAAAAAAUGAAGCAAACCGUUAAGCAACACUUAAAGCGCAUUAAGGCCUGACUUGAAACCUUUGGCCAGCAACUGACCAAGCUCAUUGCCAUCAUUUGUGAUC